UUAGCUUUACACUUAUUCAUAGCCGUCGCGACCAAAUACAUUCAGGGUUUGAUAGUGGUUUGCAUUCAACAAUGGCAGAAGAAGCAAUACUAGGUUACCUAGCGACGUCCGAAGAAAUCCCAGAUUCAGACCAAUUCGCAUCCCAACACGGUUUCCAACACAACGAUGUCGUCAAUGUCAUCAAGAGCCUCCAUGGUUUCCGCUACAUCGAUGCUCAAGACAUUAAAAGAGAGAGUUGGGUUCUCACUGAUGAAGGCAAAAAGUAUGCCGCCGAUGGCUCCCCUGAAAUUCAACUCUUCUUAGCCGUCCCUCAAGAAGGUUCUAUUUCUAAAGACGAAUUACAGAAAAAGUUAGAGCCUUCGGUUUUCAAAAUUGGUUGCUCACAAGCUGGGAAAAACAAAUGGGUCGACAUGGGAAAGCAAGUUUCGAGAAAAGUUCAACAUGUGGAAGAUAAGGUCAAGGAUUUGCUUAUUAGAAUACAAAAGGGAGAGGCACUCUGCAAAGAUGACAUUAAUUCACUUAAAGCUAGGAAGCUUAUUGUUGCACAGACAUGGAAAGGUUAUUCAGUGAAAAAAGGGCCGAACUAUGCCCCUACAAGAAAGAAAGUUGCUACUGAUCUGACUCGAGAGAAUCUACAGAGGGGUGACUGGAAGGAACUAGAAUUCAAAGAGUAUAACUUCAAUGCUAAAGGACCACCUGCUGAAGCUGGCCAUCUUCAUCCAUUACUCAAGGUGAAACAACAAUUGAAGAACAUAUUUCUUCAGCUGGGUUUUGAGGAGAUGCCAACAAACAAUUUUGUCGAAAGCAGCUUCUGGAACUUUGAUGCAUUGUUCCAGCCACAACAACACCCUGCACGUGAUUCUCAUGAUACAUUCUUUCUGGAAGUUCCAUCAACUACAAGGGAACUGCCUGAAGAAUAUGUUAAGUUGGUGAAGCGUGUUCAUGAAUCUGGUGGUUAUGGCUCCAGGGGAUACAUGUAUGACUGGAAAAAAGAAGAAGCAAACAAAAACCUAUUGCGUACUCACACAACUGCUGUCUCUACUCGAAUGCUUUAUGCUCUUGCAAAGCAACCUUUUACCCCCAAAAGAUAUUUCUCUAUAGAUCGUGUGUUCAGAAAUGAAUCUGUGGACCGAACUCAUCUUGCAGAGUUCCAUCAGAUUGAAGGCUUGGUAUGUGACAAGGGGCUUACUCUUGGUGAUUUGAUUGGUGUCCUGAAUGACUUCUUCUCACGACUAGGAAUGUCCAAGUUGCGUUUCAAGCCUGCUUACAACCCAUAUACUGAACCUAGCAUGGAGAUAUUCAGUUACCAUGAAGGCUUGAAGAAAUGGGUGGAAAUCGGAAAUUCUGGCAUGUUCAGACCUGAAAUGUUGCUUCCGAUGGGAUUCCCUGAGGAUGUUCGUGUUAUUGCUUGGGGCCUUUCUCUCGAAAGACCAACUAUGAUACUCUACGGAGUCGAUAACAUCCGGGAUCUAUUCGGACACAAGGUGGAUCUUAGCCUCAUGAAACGAAACCCCAUCUGUCGUCUCGGAAUUGAUUAGAUUAUUGGUAUGUGGGAUAAUUCCCUUAUCACUCCAUUCUUCUCUUUUGGUAAUUGAACCAAGGAUACACCAUCAAUUCACAUUGCACAUGGUAGUUUUAUAGCAUCAUAUACAACGGAGCAAUGGUUGUAUUUAACAUUUUUGGUUUCAGUUUUUCUGCUUUGGAUGUGACUGAUCAUAACUUUGCACAUUUUGUAUUUUAUGUUUUUAAAAAACAUGUCCAUGAUUUGGUCUAAA